UGCUGACUGGCCCUCGUGCUUCUGCCAGGGCCGCCGUGGAGGGACGCGGCCGCGGGCUUUGGCUUCUGGCCGGGCCGCGACGAGUGGCUGGGCCCUAGCACAUCACGUCGCUGGUCUCCGCCCAGCUCUCCUCUCCUCUCCGCCGCCUCUUCGCCCUGCACGCUCGACGUCUCGCAGUACCGCGCGCGCUACAAUCUCAGCGCCGACGCCGCGUGGGCGCGGCAGUUUGUGCGCCGCCAGAGCAGCGGCACCUAUCGCGGUGCCAUUUCGCGCGGCUCGGCAGAGACGCCAGAGUCGACCCUCGUCUCGCUCGACGUGCCGCUGCUGCCCAAUCCCGCGCCACUGGUGCCUGCAGCGGCAGAGCACCUCAUCGGCGCGUGCUCCGGCCUCGAAGGAGCUUUGUCGCUGCCGAUGCAGACGCAGGUGGAGCGCCCGGGCCCCAUGCACAUUCUCUUUGGCGCCGCCACGACGCGUGCGCGCGUGCUCGAGGCGAUUCCCGAUUGGUUGUGGCUCGUCAACGCGCCUGGCGCCCGGCUGCUCAUUCUCGUCGAAGAGGCAGACGAACGCAACUCCUCCACCAUUGCCCUCGCCUCUCUCAACGCCGCGCUGAGCGACGCAGGCAUCAACGGCAUCGUCGAGGCCUCGCCGCUCGACUUUGAGCGGCGCUACAUGAGUCUCGUGGCGGCGUUCCGCAGACAUCGCCGCAGAGAGGAGUGGUUUGCGACGAUUGACGACGACACGGCCUUCAUUCGCGGCCUGGAGCCCAUCUGGAACAUGCUGCGCAAGUACGAUGCACGCAAGAACUGGCUCGUCGGCACUUUCUCCGAGGCACAGGCGCACUACGGGCCAAUCGGACGCAUCGCCUUUGGCGGAGGCGGCAUUUUCCUCUCGAAAGGCCUCGUUGAGAACAUGACCAAGCCUCGCUCCGACGGCUCCUCGCCGCACUCCGACUGCGACGCCGAGCACAACUGGGGCGGCGGCGACCUGCGCAUUUCGCACUGCGCCUACGACAAGCUGCGCGUCGAGGUGAGCGUCGAGACUUCGCUGCACCAGAUGGACCUGCUGGGCUCGUCGCACGGCGUCCUCGAGAGCGGCCAGGAAGUCAGUUCCUUCCAUCACUACAAGUCCUGGAAUCACUUUGACCCCACACGCAUGAUGCGCGCCGGCGCCAUCUGUCACGGCAUCUGCGUGCUGCAGCGCUUCGACGCACCUUCGCACUACUGGACAGGGCAAGACGUGGCGCAGCUCGCCACGCACAACAUCUCCCUCACCAGCCCGCGCACCGUGCUCGCCUACGGCGUCUCGCUCACGCACUACCCCACGCUGCCCGACCUCGCGGCGCUGGAAAAGACGUGGAACGACGCAUGGGACCACGGCGUGUUCCGCCCGACGUUCAACUUUGGCCCGCUGCGCGCGCCGCAGGGCGAGGGCUCGGGACGCUUCACGUGGCAGCUCGAGGGACAGCAUGUGUCGCAGCAGCAGCAGAGCGGCAGCAAGUGGCUGCAUCAGUUGUAUGUGCGCCGCGUCGAGGGGCAACAGGACUCCGUCGUGGAAUAUGUCUGGCUGGAGAAAUGAUGCGCCCCCCCCCC